CGGAUAAGCAAGAAGCAAAAAAGAGUUACUGAUACCUUUUGAAAGCACUUUUCUUCAUCGGCAAACAAUAUCAUAAGAAAACCAUCACCCACGGUAACUAUUGAAGGAAAACAAGAAACACAAACCUUUAUCAUUACCAUCUGAAAUUAAUUUUUUCCAUCCAUAAACGAUAUCAUAAGAAAACCAUCAACAAUGGUAAGUGUUGAAGGAAAAUCAAAAUCUUUAACGAUAAAGAAAAUUCUUCCCUUUCAGCCAACGGCCAACGCAAUUAGAAGAGAAAACCCAAAUUUCGCAGCGGAGAUGAUCAGCAGAAAUAAAAUAGAGGAAAGCAGAACAAACAGAUUUGGUUGAACCUGGGUAAAAGAAAUCGAAGAACUCUCGAUGGGGUUUUGAUGGGAAGUAGAAGAAUGGAGUACUAGGGUUUAUAAGGCGCGACGAUCUGCCAUUUGAAGUGCAUGGCGUCGCAACACGACCUCGGCAUUCUGUGUCACCUGGCCUCCAUGCAUCGCGCCGAGCGACCCUCCACGGGUCCCUCUCUCGUACUCUCUCGCCCUCUAAAGAAAAUAUCGAAUGAGGGAUUUCACCUUGGCUCCAUGACAGAAACUUCAAUCCGAAGUUCUGUGAGUAAUUACUAAUUUCUUUCUUCUGCCUCAUCUCAGAUCUUAGAUUCUCUCAGGGUUCGUUUGGAUGCUGAAAGCAUCUCAGCUCUAUUCAAAUUUAAACUUCGUCUGUCAUCCAAACACAUGUGAAGCCGAGUUUAAAUUCGUAAACUCAUUUUUAAACUGUUGUAGCCGUGACACAUCUCCACUUUCAGCAGAGAUUCUUGAAUUCAACUUACUUUUUUUUUUCGAUUCCGUUAUAAUAACUCCUCUAAACUGUCUCCCUCUCUCUUUCCCGUCCUUCUUCCCCAACAUUUCCAAAACUCCCAUUUCAUUCAAAACCGAGCGGAUUCCUCCAUAGUGAACAUCUUGAUCGCGUGCUGUUGUGAAGCCUAGAUGGAAUUGCAAGAAGGCAGAUCACGGAAGUAGCGGCAAUCGAAUCCCACCAUCGUCCCCCAUAGUCGAGGGGUUGGAUGUUAGAUGUGUGCAGCCCCUAUUUGAACGGAAGAGGUUCCCACCGUCAAAUCCACAGUCCUUUGCAGCCCUCGUGCUCCAACAGUGGCGAAGGACCUUUGGGCUUGUCCUUCCCGUCUGAGCUCACUGCAGCCCCCUAGCGAACAUCCUUUCGGCGUGGUAAUAAACAUAAUGCAUCUGACUCCUUUGUGUUAUAUUCCUAUAUAAUGCCUGUACCGAGCUCAACUAAAACCACCACGAUUUUACUACGGAAGCAAAGCACCUCCACGGUCAAGCUUCGCAACCGAAGGCGAGCCAUCAAGAGAUUAGUAAUCACGGCUCCGAAGACGCGCUCUUACCGGGACUUGCAGCCCUACUUUCUACGCUCAUCCCGCAGCUCCUCGUACAAGUGUACCAUGGAUGACGUAGAGGUUGUACGUGAUCGUGAACUGUGGUCUGAUGGGUUGGAGGAGAUGUUUGUUGAUAUUUUGUACCAAUAAACAUUGGAGGGUAAAUAUUUUUGGUUGUCGCAACAGGGGUCUUGCAUUAUGCUUCAACGCAGGAACCCCCUUCUAGAGAGGAGGAGCAGCAAUUGGAGGAGGAAUUGAGGGCCCGAGGUCCCGUGUUGGGUAGUGGCAUUGGAUUAGACUCCACCAUUGAUUUGGAUGACAUUUCCAUGACUCCAUCGACACAAGGAGGGGUCUCACAGCGAAUGCCUCCUCGUAGGUGACGUCGGGACGCAGCCGGACCAUCAUUCUCACCAGAGCUUAGUGCUGCCAUACAGACACUUACCACCACUUCUAAACAACGGGCAGAUUUGGAUGCAAAGAUGUUUGAACUUUGCAGCUCCAAGCGCAGUAAAGGCGAGGGUUUGAAUACUGGGUCAGAUGUAGGCUUUACCAGUGUAGCACAGUAUAUGAAGUUUUUGCAGAAUAUCACCCCUCCCCUACUGCCGGACGUUCAUCUUCGUGCAGUAAAAGCAUUUAUGGAUCCUAAUGUCCUAACUGUCUUCCAGAACAUGACCCCAUCGAUGAGAAUAGAUUGGGUUUGGUCACUAGGCUGACCAUACCCACUCCGGCCUUGCUAUGUUUUUCUAAACUAUAUGAGACUUUAUUUUUAUGUUUAACUUUAUUAGAUGGUGAAUGAUUUCUAACAAUCUUAUUUCGUGUUGGCUAAUUUAAGUUCAAACUUGGUAUUUGGUUUUAAAAAAUUUUUCUUUGCUAAGUUUCUGCUCUAUAUGAAUUCAUUUAUUCUUUGGAUGACAAAUUCAUAUGCAAUAUGUAAUGUUUAAUGUUUGUGUGAACAUCGUUUUUUCAAAGGAAAACAUGGAUAAUGAUAGCGAUGCGUGGAAUGAUGACGACAAUACUGAGGAGAAUGACACGAGUGAAGAGGGCUCUAGUAGUAACGCGUCAAGUACAUUUGAUUUUGAUACAUGGGCGGAAUGGUACGCAUGGUCUAGCCGUAACGAUGGUACAGAAGAAGCGGUUCUUCUUUUGAGCAUGUUGAUGGAGGAGUAGCAAUCCCAUGCCCCACGUUGUAUGCCCAGGCCACAACAUAACAUUGGCUUGCGUGGUUAUCAGUACAUCAUCGCAGUACUAAAUGGACAUCCUGACACCUGUUAUAAGAUGUUCCGAAUGGAGGUAUAUGCAUUUCGGGCCUUAUGUGAUCGUUUACGUAGAGAUGCAAGCUUGCGUGAUUCGUCACGAGAGGUCACGGUUGAGGAAGCCUUAGGAAUGUUUUGCUACACUGUCAGGCAUGGUGUCGUUCAAAGGAAUGCAGCUAACUUGUUUCAACAUUCAGUUGAAACUAGAAAUCGAAAUGUGUACCACGUAAUGCGUGCAUUAUGUCGUCUAUCGCGCCGUGUGAUUAAACCGAGCCAGACAACUGGGGUGAUGCCUUUUGUUGAAGGAAAUCCAAGAUAUUAUCCAUUAUUCGAGAAAUGUCAUGGUGUAAUGGAUGGGGUCCUGAUCGAUGCAGCUGCACCGGCUUCCGUAGCAAAUGCAUAUUUAAAUCGGUAUCACAGGAUUACCCAGAAUGUCUUGUGUGUCUGUUAUUUCGAUAUGAAAUUCACAUUCGUAUAUGCCGGGUGGAAGGGUACAACCCAUGAUGCUCAUGUUUUAAUUGAUGCGUUGAGGCGUCCGGGGAACCAUUUGCCAUGGCCUGAAGAGGGUUAUUAUUAUCUAGUAGAUUCGGCAUUUCCCUAUACUGAAGGAUUUAUGCCACCGUAUCCGAGGGUAAGGUACCAUAGAUCUGAACGAAGAGGCUCUCGUACCUUCCAAGGAUAUAAAGAUCUGUUUAAUUAUCGGCAUUCACCCCUCCAGAAUGUCAUUGAACGAACAUUUGGCGUGUUGAAGAAGCGUUUUCGAAUUUUAAAUUUAAUGCCCCCAUACCUUCCAACUCGGCAACGAUAUCUUAUUAUUGCAUGUUGUACGAUCCAUAACUUUCAUCUGCAGGGUUACACCUAAUGAUCGGGAUUUUCUAGUAUAUAGCAAUCUAGAUGAUUAUCCAGGAAUGGAUGCGGAUCAGAACACCAAUGAAGAUCCUCAUGUACCUGAUAUGUCGACUGCAUCAGCACAAGCAAUGGCCGCAAGAAGAGAUGCUAUUGCAUUACCUAUGUGGGAGCAUAGUUAUGGUCAACAAGGCAACACCUAAUUGCUAGUAUGGUGUUGCAAUCUUUUUUGUUAUGUCAGUAUGAAACAAUAGAUUGUCAAUUCGAGACCCUUUAUUUACAUAUAUCGAUGUUUAAUAUGUAAAUAAAUUAUUGAAUAAAAUGUGUUAUGCUCCUGGUAGUA